UGGGUUCUUGAGAUGGAGAUAAGAAAACAUUAAUUAUUAAACCAAUGUGACAGUGUUCACCCACAUCUAACUGCAUCCCAUUCGUUAGUUCUGGCUACCAGGGGCGCACUAGAUGUGCACACGUGGAAAGUAGGCUAGUUAUUUUUCAAAUCGAUGAAAAAGAAAAACAAAUAGAGAGAAAUGGUAUUGUGGGAUGAUAGGCGCAGUGUGCGCUUGGAAACCUGCUGCUUUAAACAACCAAUUGUUGAAGCAACACGUGGGAAUCAAUUGGAAUCACACACUGUGCGCGCCGUACCUUUAACGUGAAACAGGAUCUAUUGUCUGGAUAAGAUAACCUAUUAGUUUACUGGCACACCCUUAGGAAAAUAACCAUGGUUUUUAUUACACUAAAAGUUUGGAAACCAUUUUGGAUUGAUGGCAUAUAUUACAUAAUUAGGCUACUAUUUGUUUCACUACAAAUAUCAUGGUUAUGGUUUCUACAGUACAGUAGGCUAUAGUGAGACCAUGGUCAAUUUGUUAUAUUUUUAAUAUUACUAUUAGAAAUACAAAAAGCAAUGGUUAGUUAAAUCACGAGUCAUUUUUGUAAAGGCAGUAGUUUCCAAAUACAAGGCUUUUGGAAAUGUUACAGAUAAUCAAUAUACAACCUUGAUUAAACAAUCUUGACUGAACAGAGCAAACAAUGUCACAGAUACCCUAAAUCCCCCCUACUGGUUCUCCAGUGACAAUAACACGUGAAGUGUAACCACGUCCCUUCUGUAUAACCUCUGCGCACCGUGCGCGUCUUUGUAGUAUGAGCGCGUUCUUGGCGCACACACGUUGUUGACAACUCCCACCGUCAUUUGUCUCACUUUUAAGCUGGAGCCAAUCAUAUUGCCGAAUUUCCUUCCGAUACGACAUUGGAUUUAAAAUUCAGAGCAGCUGCGUUAACUUCGAGAGGGUCGCCAUGGGACAAUUCGGCGCCAGGUUCGUCCUGUUCCGUAACAGUUUUACGGUGAACGAAAGAAAAGGCAGACCUUCUGGCUAGGACAUAAACUACACAGAAAUGAGUUUGGGAGGCUGAGAAGAUGUUGGGAUGGGAUCCAUCUCGUGUCUUUGGAGAGAGGAGUGAUGCCAGGCGCGCAGAGGCAACAAGGACUCGUUGUUCACCAACUGUUUCAAACUUCGGUCGCCUUUUACAAGUUUUGUGAAUACGUUUUGAAAACCGGAAUGCCGGAGCACACCGCCGUCCUGAAGAACAGCACAGAAUUGGGGCAAGUCGGUCGCGCGUUGGGCUCGAGCGCGCGCCCCGCCUGGGCGGUCGCGGUGCUGGCCAGCGUGCUGAUCUUCACUACUGUGGUGGAUGUUUUGGGUAACCUGUUAGUCAUCAUUUCGGUGUUCAGGAAUCGUAAACUAAGAAAUGCUGGCAAUGUUUUUGUGGUCAGUUUGGCCUUCGCUGACCUAGUGGUAGCUUUCUAUCCCUACCCGCUGGUGUUGUAUGCCAUCUUCCACGACGGCUGGUCUCUGGGAGACACCCAGUGCAAGGUGAGCGGCUUCCUGAUGGGUCUGAGCGUGAUCGGCUCCGUUUUCAACAUCACCGGCAUCGCCAUCAACCGCUACUGCUACAUCUGUCACAGUUUUGUCUACGGUCGUCUCUACAGCUACCGUAACACGCUGCUGCUGGUGGCCCUCAUCUGGACCCUCACAGUUUUAGCCAUCCUUCCCAACUUCUUCGUGGGUUCGUUGAGUUACGAUCCACGGGUUUACUCCUGUACCUUCACCCAGACCGUCAGCAGUUCCUACACUGUGGUCGUGGUGGUCGUUCACUUCCUGGUGCCCAUCGCCGUGGUUACUUUCUGUUACCUGAGGAUUUUCGUGUUGGUGAUACAAGUGAGGCGGAAAGUGAAGAGCGAGGAACGCUCAAGAUUGAGGCCGAGUGACUUACGCAACUUUGUCACCAUGUUCGUCGUGUUCGUUUUAUUCGCUAUAUGUUGGGCUCCGCUGAAUAUGAUCGGACUCGUGGUGGCCAUUGACCCAGAAGCCAUGGCUCCACAUAUCCCAGAGUGGCUUUUUGUGGUAAGCUACUUUAUGGCCUAUUUCAACAGUUGCCUCAAUGCCAUCAUUUACGGACUCCUGAACAGGAACUUUCGUAAAGAGUACAAGCGAAUUGUGACGUCGGUGUGGAUUCCCAGACGGUUUGGGACUGAAACCUCAAGGGCAGUCACUGAUGGGAUAAGGAGCAAACCUUCACCUGCCAUUAAUAACAAUGAAUGACUAUUGAGACAAUCACUGUUUACUCAUUUAAAGAGGAAUAAUGGAAAAUACUGGGAAUUAUUAAUGCGUAAAGCUUUAAACUUGACACUUGACCUUUUUACUUCUAUGACAUCAUGACUCAGGGUGUUUGCUUUAUUUCUGAUUUAUUGACCAAAUAUUUAUCUCAACAACUGUAUUGAAAAUUAAAUGAAGUAGCUUUCAAAUCAAUAGAUGUGAAUCAUUUUCUGAUUGGUGGCUUGUAUUUAUCGAGCAACGUUUUUGUACAUUUUAUGGAAGUCUGUUGUGUAUAUGUAUGUUGUAUUAAACAGUAUGCUUCACAUACUGUAUGUUAACCAUUGCCAAUUCAGAAAUCCUGCCUUACACUCCAUCUUAAACAAACAUGUGAAUAUUUCUAGUGCCAAACAUACUGUAACAGGUGCAAAAUACAUGACGGGUUGUGUUUGUUGUGUAUAUGGUACAUAUGUUGGACCAAAUGCAUUUCUGAAAAACAAAAAGUAGGUGAGCAAGAUUAAGCACAACUUAAAAAAAUAAUUACAUUGUGUGGAUUCUGUUGAGGAAAAUUUGGAUUUUUUAAAGUGAAUGGGUGACUGUCCACAUCAAAUGUCAUUCAUGACAUUUCAUGACUUUGGGCUUUAUUGCUUUCCCAAGAAAAAAAAUUAAAUACGCACGGCACCCAAAUCAUAAUUUUCUUCAACAAAUGUUCUGUGAGCAAAGUGCAGCAGACAUUUAGAUUAAGAUAAAGGUUACUGCCAAAGGGAAAGUAUUAGUGUUUGACAUUACCAGGACCUGAUUUGAAUGUAUUAUUGAUAUCUGUGCUUGUUUUCACUUGAUUUGACAGCGUGCAGUUUAAUCUGCCCAACAUACUGUAUGAGACGUACCAUGCAAUGAGACUGUGUGUGAGAACGUGUUUCUCCAUUGACCUCAAUAAAAGAUAAAUAAAUAA